CCAAUCACGAUUCACGUGGCAUUCCAAGACAGCGUCGUUUCGGUGUGAUACAGUCGCUAAGGGCCCAGAAUACACACUUGCGAAGGAUAAUUCGUUUUCCGUUUGAGACAGAUAUCUGAAGAUGGCAACUGAGAAGAAAAUUGUGCUUGUGACCGGAGGCUCUGGGUUGGUUGGUAACGGUAUAAGAUUGGCCAUGAAAGAAAGGCCACACCUUCAACGGGAUGAUGAAGAGUGGAUCUUCUUAAGCUCUAAAGAUGCUGAUCUAAUGGACAAGCAGGCGACUUUAGGUUUGUUUGAGAAACUUAAACCAACAUAUGUGAUCCACUUGGCUGCAUUAGUUGGAGGCCUUUUCAGGAACCUCAAGUACAACCUGGAUUUUUAUAGAAAUAACACAAUUAUCAAUGACAAUGUGUUGCAUGCCUGUAAAGAGUUUGGUGUCAAAAAACUGGUAUCCUGUCUCUCUACCUGUAUAUUCCCAGACAAAACCACUUACCCGAUCGACGAAACAAUGGUACACAAUGGUCCUCCUCAUGACUCCAACUUUGGAUAUUCUUUUGCCAAAAGAAUGAUAGAUGUGCUGAAUAGGGCCUACCACAAACAACAUGGCUGCAACUUCACUGCUGUUAUCCCUACAAAUGUGUUUGGACCUUAUGAUAACUUCAACCUGGAAGAUGGUCAUGUACUCCCUGGUCUCAUACACAAAGUCUACAAGGCCAAGAAAGAAGGCAGUGAUUUCACUGUCUGGGGGACAGGCUCUCCACUCCGACAGUUCAUCUACUCCUUAGAUCUCGGCGAGCUGAUGAUCUGGACUCUUCGGUCUUAUCCAGAAAUUGAUCCCAUCAUUCUUUCAGUUGGAGAGGAGGAUGAAGUAAGCAUAAAGCAAGCAGCAGAGAUGGUGGUGGAAGCCAUGGAUUUCAAGGGCAAUGUCGUGUAUGACACAUCCAAGUCUGAUGGGCAGCAUAAAAAGACGGCCAGCAAUGCCAAGCUCAGGAAAUACUGUCCAGAUUUUAAAUUUACAGACACCAGAACAGCUAUCAAGGAUACUGUAGAUUGGUUUGAGAAAAAUAUUGAAACCGUGCGCUUCUAAUCUGAAGGAUCUCAUAAAAUCCAAUUACAAGAAUCUAAAUAUCAUUCCUCAUAUUUGAAACAUUAUUACAAUAUAUGUGUAUUGUGUGGAAGUAUGAACAUAUAUUCUGGGAGAUUUUACUGAAAAUAUAUUGAAAGUGGGAGUUUUGCUUUGGUGUGAAUUUUCAUUAUCUUAUUCAGGUAUGUAGCUUUACCUUUAGAGCCUGUAGUUUACUGCAUAAUACUAUUUAUUUAAUGAUUUUAACAUCAUCAGUUUUCUUGCUGAUGAAGCAGGCAAUUGUUUUCAACAAACAGAAGAAAAUAACUUCCAACAACUUCAACCUACACCAAGUAUAAAUGUUAUUAGCGUAUUCUACCUAAUAAGUGCAUCUGCCCUGUAAGCGCACACCCACCUUUUUUCAGGAAGAGGAUGGGUGUCCUAAUUGAAACAUAUAAAAUGUCUGCACAUCACAGCACGAUCUGGCAAUCUUCAGUCUUUUAUAUAUAUAAUUAACUUAAGACUGUGAAUUGUUAGCUCCAUAAACGUAUGUAAAUAAAAGAACAAGUCAUA